CUCUGGCUGCCGCCCCGCCCCCUGGUUCAUUCACCACCAGGACAGGCUGCCUGCCCAUUCAUGCUGGGGAGAGACAGCUCUGGGCUGGCCCCUGGACCAUUGGCCUCUGGGGCAGCUGGACAGCGAGAGAUAUUUAAAGCUCUCAUUGGCCAAGGGAGGCGGCUCCCGGCACACAGCACAUGCUGCGGGCUCAGGGGGCAGGCAGAGAGCAGGGCUUCUGAUCCCAAGCUGCACCUCCACUCCUCCUCCUGACCUGGGCCAGCCUGAGUUGCUGGGGUCCACUAUGGCCAGCCCAUCCUUCAGGCCUUCGCAUCUCUUCACCAUCUCGGGGCUGCUCUAUUACUCCACCUGUAUGGCCCUUCCCGGUUUGGAAGAGAAGAAACGGGGUAGUCAGAAAGGAUGCUGCCUGUUGACCCCUCCUCCUCCGCCAAUGUUUCCACCGCCAUUUUUCAGAGGGGGCCGGAAUUCUCUUCUGUCCCCGGAUAUGUCAAACUUCUUUCUAGAGCUACAGACAACCCAGUCUCCAUGUGUUCAAGAAUCCCUUGGCCCCCCUGGGCCUCCAGGCCCCCAGGGUCCCCCGGGGACUCCUGGAGUAAGAGGACCAAAAGGGGAAAAAGGGGAGCUUGGCCGGCCAGGAAGAAAGGGUAGACCCGGCCCUCCAGGAGCCCCCGGAAUGCCUGGGCCUGUUGGCUGGCCAGGCCCUGCCGGACCUCAGGGUGAAAAAGGUGAUCUGGGCUUGAUGGGAUUACCAGGUACAAGAGGACCUGUGGGCUCUCAGGGUUACCCUGGAACCAGAGGGGAAAAGGGCUCCAAAGGAGACCAGGGCAUCUUGGGCCCCAAGGGAGAAAAGGGUUUUCCAGGCCUUCCUGGGAUGCUGGGACAGAAAGGAGAAAUGGGCCCAAAGGGAGAGCCUGGCACAUCAGGACCCAGGGGACCUACGGGGAGACCAGGAAAACGAGGCAAGCAAGGGCAAAAGGGUGAUGCCGGAGUCACGGGUCCGCCUGGCCGCUCUGGACUUCCUGGCAAACCGGGCCUCCCAGGAGCACCAGCGUCGGGACAAUCUAUAACUGGACCCAAAGGGGAAAGAGGACCUCCUGGGCCUCCGGGGAGAUGUCUUUGUAAAUCCUCCAUGAAUAUGAAUAACCCGUCAUAUGAGGACUAUUUGCGUGGACCCAACUACCCCAGAGUGCCUGUGAUUUUUGUGGUGAACAAUGGUGAGGAGCUGGAGCGGCUGAACACCCGAAACGCCAUCGCUUUUCGUAAAGACCAGAGGGCUCUCUAUUUCAAGGACAACCUUGGCUGGCUCCCCAUCCAGCUUACCCCUUUCUAUCCUGUGGAUUACCCUGUAGACGAUGGCCACUCUUGUGGAGAUGGGAUCCUACAGCCGGGAGAGGAAUGUGAUGAUGGCAACAACGUGGUGGCUGAUGACUGCAUAAGAUGUCAUCGAGCAUAUUGUGGAGAUGGUUAUCGACAUGAAGGUGUGGAAGACUGUGACGGAAGGGACUUUGGCUAUCUGACUUGUGAGACCUAUCUCCCCGGGUCCUAUGGGGAAUUGAGAUGUACUUCACACUGCUACAUUGACUCCACACCAUGUCGCUAUUUCACAUGAAGGGAUGCGGGGUGGGCAGUAUCCCCUGUGGAAUGGACAGCAGCUGCCAUGACACCAAUUCAGACUGGCAUAGUCAUGCCCAGUCUCUGCAUGAAGAAAACAAAAACCAACCAUCUUGCUGCUGAUGGCUAUUGGAGAUGUAUGCUUAAUUAGUUCUGACUGGAAGAAAAAACGGACCACUGUAUCCUUGUCUUAAUCCAAAAUGUAGAUGGCAUCUCAUAGACUCACUUGUGGGAGCUGGUCUGCCGCCCAACUGGAAAGGCAAAGGAACUGGAAAACGGCAACUAGUCUCUGUAUCUCAGAAAACUAUGUGAUAAGACAAUGAUACCUCAAUUUAGUGCUAUCUGUACACAGACUUUUGGGGGUGUUGUUUGAAUUGAGUUUUGAUCUGCAGCUUUCGGCUGUCUCUGGUAUAGCCCAGCAUGGAGGUCCCAACCACACUCUUCUCUCGUCUUCUGACCUUGAGCAGGGUCAGGACCACACAGCAGUACAGACUUCAGCAUCAGUGACAGGAAGUGCCAAAGAUGCCAGUAACUGAUGGAGUGAUUCUCCCGUGCCACUGUGGAAGGGACCCUUGGCCACUGGUCAGCCCCAGGAGGCUCUUGAAAUGUAGUGAAACUGCAGAGGGCACGCAGCCAUCCCUCCCUGGGGACAUGCUGGUUCAGCCCCAGCCUGGGCAGUCUCUGUCUCCCUUAGACCUCAUACAGAGAGCCAGCCUCAAAAGAGGUGGAAGGUCAGUUCCCAUUCUGACCCCUAUGAAAACAGAGGCUUGCUGAGAGCUUUCUGGACGAGCUGGAAGAACUCUCCUGAGGCUGGUGUCCCUUUUCUGGCACUGACUUGAAGGGAGAGUCUGCGUCUGUGUCCCACCCAGCCUUUCUUUUCUCUCUGUUGGUUCCAUUUCUCUGAGCUGAGCUUCGUGAUCCAAUCCUGGUGACCCCCCCCAUACACACACCAUUCUCUUAUAAAGUUCACAGAUGUGGUUUUCCCACCUGGGUGCAGUCCGUCUCUCAGUCCUUCAGGAAACCUGGUGCCCAGUCUUAACUGGAUAGGGUUCUGCCACCGAAAAUGUCUCUGUGCUUCUCAUCUUUCCUGAGUGAGCUGUUUAUGAUGUCUCUCCAGGUGUGUGAAUCAUGUGUGGGUCUUACUGUCAUAUCUGCAGGUGAGAGCUCCUGAUUUCUCUACAUGUGAGUCCAAGAGGCCUGUGAAUCGUCUUGCAGUCAGUCUGUCUAGAGAGGUCUUUGUUCUGUCCUGUAAAGAAGGGUCCCCACAGCAUUAACAAUAGUGAUGUCUCUGUUUACUAGAACUACCAAAUGGCUUAUUCUGUGCAGGAGGAGGAUGUUCUGUAUGUUUCGUGCAAAUCCAUCACAAAUAGGGCAAGGAAUGUCUGUAGAUUGCAUGCCAGUGCAAUUGGUAUCCCACUUUAUGACAUGGACCCCAAAUGAAGAUGUCCAAUACAUGCCCUGCUGGGGCUGCAAUCAGCAUGGCUGGACUGCUCUGUCAGCGUCUCCCUGAAGACUGGACGCAGGCAAGAAAGUCCCUGACUCAUGUCAGUGAACAAAACGUUUUCCCCUUUCAUCAAGUGGAAGGAUUGCCGUACACCCCUGACAUGGGGAUUCCAGGGCACAGAAGGAAUAAAGGCAGUUCGUUUGCUCUCCGUGACUUGUGACCCCUCCACGGGUGCUAAGCGCUGCCAGAGGGGUGGAGUGGAACAGUCUGGAUUUAAAUCCCUUUUAUUGACCUUCUGUGUUGGCACAAGUCGGUUCCUAGUAUCUUAAAUGGGUGAUUUGAAAUUAUUUUUUUAAGGAGAAAAAAAAAGAUUUCAGUUCUUUUUAGACAGCAUGUAGCACUUUGGCAGGAAACGAAGAUGGCCAGAGCAAAGAUUUUCUGGGGGUGGGAAGGAGAAGGUGGUACAGAGCAAGUUAGGUAAUUUUGUGUCAGCCUGUCUACCUCUCGGACUCAUUUUCUACAUCAGUAAAGUGAUGGGGUGAACGUGUUGACGUCAAAGACCUUCCACCUCCAACAUCCUUUGACGCUACCCAUGACUGCUGUCCAGUCCUUGGCCAUGUGGGCAGCACACGCUUUUUCAAAGUGAUGAAGACCAUCUUCUUAAAUGAUCACAGACAAGACCUGCAUUCGCAGAAACUGUGGGCAGGUCUAUGGAGAUUUUUUAAAAUCAUGAUUUAAUGACACAUCUGUGUUUUUGUUACCCUCUUGGACAGAGAAUGAAUCAGAGGAAAGCCCCCAGUGUGUUCUGUUGGGUAAAUCCUUUAUGGGAGAUAUGGAUGGAUGGAAGUAUUCACACUGUAGACCCAGCAGGACUUCCUCGUGGACAACUAUCCUCUCUGUCUGCUGUCCUGGGUUUUUGUUUCCCCGUAAAAUGGCUUCUGCUGCUAAUCACGUUGCUGCCAUGGGGUCCGUGAGCACGUGCCUAUUACUGGAUGCUCCAUCUCUGCCCAGGAAUGUCCCUGGAAACCCGUUUUCUUGCCCCGCUGCUGGCUCUUCUUCCAUGUCUCUGGAGCAAAGGAGUCCGGCCUCCUCUGGGAGGAAACAUUUUUUGAGAGCUGACUUGUACAUUGUAUGACAUCCUGCCCAACACAUGUGCUUUUCCCUAUUAGCUAUGUAAUCUUGUAAUACGUUUAAUAUAUCAACCAUAUAGAUUUUGGAAUUGACCAUAUUGUACAACCUACACACAAUAAAAUCCAUGUCUUUGAAAUACAGUCUCCUCCUUCCUAGUCUCUAUUCUCCUUCCGUGUCAGACACAGCAAGUCUUUGUCCUCCUAGGCUGCCUGUGUUGGUUAUUGUUCUAAAAUCACAGCGACAGUGAGUCACAUUUGUGAAAGUGCUUUGGUGUACUAGAUACACCAGAGAUGGAGUCAAGAAGAUCUGGGUUCAAGUGCUGCCUUUGCUUAUUAGUAGCUAUUAACUUCAGUUUCCUUAUUUGCAAAGUGGAGAGAAUAAUCGCUAUAGUUCCCACCCCCAGCGUUUCAACCAGAUUCCAAGUGAACAACAAAGCCCUUUGCAGUCUUAGCUUGCUCUGCAAAUGUCCGGGCUUGUUAUCACUUCCUCCUAAUGACUCUGUGAGGUAGGUGGUAUGAGCAUUGUUACACUCGUACCCCAUUAGAAAGAAGAAAUGGGGCCAGAGAGAGGAAGGGUCUUGGAGACAGACUCCACUCCCAAUCCAGCACUCUUCAUGCUGCUGUUCAGCCCCCAGACACGCAGGUCAGUCAAGGCUUGGGUGCGAACUGGAACCAGAAGGCUGGGGAGUAGGGAUGGAGACAGAUCACAUGCAUCAGUGUGACUCGUCUGGCCCCUACAGCCCCCGGCCGUGUGAAUCCUUAGUGCCAUCAUCUAAAAAUGUGUCUCCUGUUGAAGUCCAUCAGAGCUUGCCAAACAAGCUAAUCUCUCAUAAUUUUUUGGUUCCCUUCUUUCCCUUUUCAUAAAUUUUACAAACGUGAAUAUUUUCAUAAACAAAGAGCAGCAAGGUUUGUAUAUGGAACUGUUAAUUUCUAUCACAUUUGUGGGGUUUUUUUCCAAGCACAGAUCAAAUUUAACAUGGUGGUAUCAACACCGUCCUGCUUCGAGAUCUCUCCCCUUCUGAACACUUCUGAUUUCUUCUGUUUUUUGAGUGUUUCGUUGAUGUUUUUCUAUAAUUUUUUAUUACUAUCACUAAUCCUUCCACCUAAUUCUCUAUAUAACUAAAAGUUUAGUUAAGUAAAACAAACAGGCAUUGGCUGUAUCUGAAAACGUUUCAUUCUGCAUCCACAGACUACCACCUCCCUGCCAAAAGGUAGGAAGAAUCCUUCAUCGGUCACAUAAAGUUGUGAUUAGUUCUUUAGUCUUUCAAAGUUUGUUUUCCCUUACAGUAUUGGGGUCAUUGUAGAAAUUGUUCUUCUGGUUCUGUUCAUUUCACUUUGCACAUGAGUUUAUGCAAGUUUUCGUGUGUUUCCCAAAUCUGUCCUUUUUUGUCAUUUCUUAAGCCGCAAUAUUAUGUUGCAUUCAAAUACCAUAAUUUGUUCAGAUUUUGUUUCCAGUU